CCCUCAAUGCGUCACGCUAGUUCUUCCUGCGUCUUUUCCCCCGCAGACGCUCCGCUACCUCUUCGCCUCAUAUUUGGGUGAUGCCUGAUGCGGUGUGCCUGGGUGCUCGCUGUCUCCUCGUCCUCGUCCUGGUCCCGGCCGGUCCCUGAUCAUCUAUUCCGGGGGGGCCGCUGCCCGCAGAGAGGAAAGAUGGUGCGCAUCGCCAGCGCGUUGGGGCUCGUCAUGUUCAGUGUGGCUCUGCUCAUCCUGUCUCUCAUCAGCUACGUGUCCAUCAAGAAGGACUUCCUGCUCAGCACCCCCAGAUACGGAUCUAAUGGAGGACCCAGGAUGUAUAUGUUCCACACCGGGUUUCGCGAGAGGCCGCCUCGCAAACCCGACCUGAGCUCCCAGCUGGCAAUGAAGUAUCUGGAUCCAGCUUUCACUCCUCUGACAAAUGCUCUCAGCGAGGACUUGCAGAACUCCUCUAAAUGGAGGUACAACAGCACUGCUUUUAUACAGCAGAGGAAUGAGAUCUCUCAGUACAUCGACAUUCCCCACAACUUCACACUGACACGAAGCUCGGUCCGAAUUGGACAGCUGAUGCACUAUGACUACUCAAGCCACAAGUACGUGUUCUCCAUCGGCGAGAACUUCCGCUCACUGCUCCCUGAGGCCUCGCCGAUUCUCAACAAGCACUACAACGUGUGCGCCGUGGUCGGCAACAGCGGUAUCCUCACUGGUUCGCGCUGCGGUCCCCAAAUUGAGAAGUUUGACUAUGUCUUCCGUUGCAACUUUGCACCGACAGAGAUCUUUAAGAAGGAUGUUGGGCGGCGGACCAACAUGACGACCUUUAACCCGAGUAUCCUAGAGAAAUACUACAACAAUUUAUUGACCGUGCAGGACAGGAACAACUUCUUCCUGAGCUUGAAGAAGCUGGAUGGUGCCAUUCUGUGGAUUCCAGCGUUUUUCUUCCACACGUCAGCCACAGUGACCAGGACGCUAGUUGACUUCUUUGUGGAACAUCGAGGUCAGCUGAAGGUCCAGCUGGCCUGGCCUGGAAACAUCAUGCAAUACAUCAACAACUACUGGAAAACCAAGCAGCUGUCGCCGAAGCGCCUCAGCACUGGGAUCCUGAUGUACACACUGGCAUCCUCCAUGUGUGACCAGAUCCACCUUUAUGGUUUCUGGCCCUUUGGCUGGGACCCCAACACGGGUAAGGAGCUGCCGUACCACUACUAUGACAAGAAGGGCACCAAGUUCACAACCAAAUGGCAGGAAUCCCAUCAGCUGCCAGCUGAGUUCAAACUCCUCUACAAGAUGCAUACGGAGGGACUGCUGAAGCUCUCCCUCUCCCAUUGUGCUUAAGGCUAAAACUUGCAACAAGAACAGUUCUUCUUCAAACUCCUCUCCAACGCUUCCGCAGGCCAGAGUUAAAGAAACUACCACACAGACAAACAAAAGAUUUAUGUGGUUUUU